AUGCAUUCGUUCUUCACGGCCAUCUUGGCAGCGACCUCCCUCAUCGGCAGUACCUUAGCAGCACCUGUUGUGCACCGCGCUGAUGAUGCUAUCACACCAGUUAGCCCCGGAGGCGUAGAAGAUCUCGUCAUCACGGCAGAGAACACUCUCAAUGCCACCAACUCACAGCCCAUCACCAACUCAACCACUGGCGCAAAGCCAGAGGAAGACAUAAUGAGCAUCCAGGCCAACCAACGCCUGCCCCUCGCCCUCGUCAACAACAUGGGCGGCGCAGUCAAUGCGUACGUUACCGGUCUCGAUCCCUCGGGCAAAGUCGUCUUCGUCCAAGGCAACGGACAAUUCUACUACCCACCCUGCGACUCCUCCUACACCUCCCCCAGAGAAGUCAACGGCCCCAUCGCCAUCCCUCUCAACACCGCCCAAGGCAGCACCGUCACAGUAACCCUCCCCGACUACAUCUCAUCCGCCCGAAUCUGGUUCGCCCAAGGCAACCUGCACUUCUACUCCGUCUGGAACCCAGCUACAAACUCCCCCAGCCAAGUCCAGCCCUCAUUCGCAAACCCACAGGAUCCCUCCGCCGGCAUCAACUGGGGUUUCGUCGAACUCACCAACAACCAAGGCGGCCUCUACGCCAACCUCUCCUUCGUCGACUUCGUCGGCCUCGCCCUAGGCAUGUCCAUGCGCGCAGGCUCCGGCGCCACGACUACAGUCCGCGGCCUCCGCCCAGGAAGCGUCAGCACAAUCUGCAACGCCCUCCAAAGCCAGCAGCGCGCUGACGGACAGCCAUGGGGAAACCUCUGCCAGGCGGGCGGAAACGGACCUCUCCGUGUCGUGGCACCGAACAUCUACGUGAGCUCCGGCAACGGUGCGUUCGGCAACUACUUCAACUCUUACAUCGAUCAAGUCUGGUCGCGGUACACCGGUAAUACCCUCUGGCUGGACACCCAGAACAGCCACGGCAAAGUCGCCUGCCGCGUUAGCGGCUCAACUCUCUCCUGCAAUGGCGAUAACCGGGUUUACAACAAGCCCACCGCGGGCGACAUUUUCGGCUGCAACUCUGGCCCCUUCGCGAUCUGGGGGAGCGACAACGACGUCCAUCGUGCUGUGGUGCCGCGUUUGUGUGCUGCGUUCAACAGGGGGACGUUCAUGGUUAACGGGGGUGAUACCCAGCCGGGGCCGCAUGCUGAUCAGUACUAUACUACUUCGCCGAACAACCAGUAUAGCAAGAUUGUGCAUCAGCAGGAGGUUGAUGGACGGGGAUACGCCUUUUCGUACGAUGAUGUGAACCCGAGUGGAGGGGUUGAUCAGAGUGGUACGCUGGCUGAUGGGAACCCGCAGUUGUUGACGGUGUUUGUGGGAGGGGCUUAG